UGUCGCGAAAUGAUGGCCCUCUGCCAAGAUCGUGUGUUGGCUAACACGGCUAAGCUACAGUCUGAUCAGCGCGAUUAUGCAAGUCGACAGGCGGCCACAUUAGAGGCGGACCGAGUUCGCCGACGCUCAGAAGAUCGUUUUGUGGCUGCAGAACAACGUGCACAGGCCAAGGGCAAGCAGCCAGAACAAAGCCAACGCUGUCAGCGUGCCAGAGCCGAAUAUGACGCGUUCGCCUCUUUCGGUUGUGGAAAUCUGUCUUAA